AUGAAAGGAAUCAGGACUUUGGUUUUACAGGAUCUUCCCUACGUUUUGCCCUCUAAAAAUUUGCAGAAAAGUCUAGUACCGAACUACCAAUUUUCAUCGCAACUCCACACGUCUACAUCGUCUCGUCGAUUCUGGAAUUUCUUCGAUUUCUCUGCUAAGGAGGAACCAUGCCGCGAUGCCAAGAAAUGUCCCUCGUCGAAGGAUGUUACCUCUACGUUGUAUUCCUCCAAUGAACUUGAGAGCGUUCCGAAGAGCUCGCAUUCAAAUGCAUUUACUACGACCGUAACGUUGAACCCAAGAACGUAUGGUAGCCAAUUCGACUUAAAAUCGACGCCCAUGAGUUGCUUAAGGAUCCAUAGGCCAUUGAAACAGGACAAUCUGUUGUCUCUGUUGGAUGGAAAUCCUGUGCCAAAGACGCUGAAGUGGAAAUUAAAGGGGUACAAAACCCUACGAAACGAACAAGCAGGAGACUUUGCAUUCGUACCUGGUGAAAGGUCCUAUGAUUUCGAUAUUCUAUCGCGGAACGAGUACUCUGACCUAAUAGAGUCGAGUAACUGUAUGACUAAGGUAAUUCCACCAAAGAGAGAUCUCUGUUCGAGGACAGGGUGCAGUGGUGGUACUGGAAAAAAGGAUAUGCUAUGCUUGACGGCGAAAGCUAUAGAGAAUAAAGCGGACACAGAGUGCAUACAGAAGUUGAAAACCAAUAAUACUAAUAUCGUUCAGAUUGAAGCUGCUAAGAGAAAACCUAGCGUUCCAUCUAGUUCGAACGUUGAAGUUGUCGAUAAACCGGUGACUAUGUUUACUGAAAAAGGUCCUGAGACACCAAAGCUACUUGCCAGCUCUACCCUUAAGAGAGAAAACAUUAAGUAUCUGCCGAUUUCGAAAUCAGAGUUAUCGACGGUGCAGAUGAAGUGUAAUACGCAACCGUCGGCUCAAUUUUCUUCUCGAUCGUCUAAGAAAAUGUCAAAACCUCCCGUCCCAGUAUCAAAGGAACAUGCAGAAAGGCGUUCAGAUAUUAAUGCAAAGAAAGAAGCAUCUUCAAUGGAAUCUUAUGAGAAAUGGCAGGAUUCUAAGUCUCAAGAAAAGAAGCCUUAUGAUUCUAAACCGUCGCAAUCAAAGUUCUCAGAGGUUAGGGAGAAAAACACUUCGGAAUGGUCGUCUAUGGAGGACACGGAGAACGUAAAAUCUGUUCCACAAGCCAAACCUCAAGUCAAGGUACGAGCAGAACAAGAGGACAGUAUGAACGUCUCACGAUUUUCUGAAGAAAUGCCUCAGUCUGAACCAAUGAAAGAUACAUUUCCAAAAGAGUCAUUACACAAGGAGUCGUCUGUAUCUUCAGCUAAGGCAGUCGAUAAGAGACAGUACGAUCAGCCAUCAUCCACGUACUUCGCACCACGAACAUCUAAACAAGGUUACAAGAGCAUGUCGAACAGAGAAUCGCAUGAAGCUGAAGACAGAGCUACCUAUGAGUCGAUAAUUGGAAUUUCAGAGAGACCAAAGCCAGCUUUGAACAUAACUAAACCUAACCAGGAUCAACAUGUCGUGACAUCGCCUUGUGCCGCGACACAGGCUAGGAUGCAGCAAAAUACCGGAAGUAGGGGUCCCCAGAACUUACAAAUGAAACCCUCCGGUGGUCACGGGUCGUCUAUGUCCGGAAACUCUGGAGGAGGCUCACGGAAACCACCUGCCUCUUAUCCUCCAUUCACAACGCAAAGAUCAGCUUCGAACAGUUCCUGCUUGCUGAGGAAAUUACCGGUUUUAAGAACAACCGACGGUGGUCGACGAAGAUUACUAAACUCGAAGAAUUCUUCAUCGAAUAUUUCAACUUCCACUGCUAAUCCGACAAGGAAAUGUCGCGAUAACGACGACUCAAAGAGGACGAAGUGCAAGAAGGACAGCAAGACAUGCAAGCGUUACUGCUGUCCAUCGCUACAGACACCGACUCACUGUGAUUACACUAAAUUUCAGUGCCCAAACGGCAAGGGUAAACCUAUUACAAACUCGCAUAUGGAAUUAUACGAGAUAAAGAAAGACACUACGUGUUUGCCAAACGAUGAACACGUAACGGAACCGGCACAAGAAAUUUGCACGAAUCCAGCCAGGAGGCGGAGGGACGAUCGUUCUUGCAAAAGGGACAGGAAGUGUCCUAGAGAAAGGAGAGACCGAAGUUGCGAUCGAGAACAACAAAGAUGUCCGAGAGACCAGCAAAGAUGUCAGAGAGAUCAGCAAAGAUGUCAGAGAGAUCAGCAAAGAUGUCAGAGAAGGAGAUCUUGUCCACGAGAGGAAAGACAGGACAGUUGUCAAAGAGAACGGGGAGGUCGCGAAAUCUGUACGAAACCAAGAAGAAGAGAACCAUGCAAGCGUCAAAGGAAAUGCGAUGAUCGGGACUGCGGUAGAAGGUCUGCGAACAGCACCGGAAGAAGAAAUUAUACCCAAUCGGCGUACGUGGAUGAACCGAAAACCAUAAAAAAUGUGAAACGUUAUUCCUCCGUGCCCGCCAUCGCCAUCCCUUUAAUCGGGAUGAGGACAAGCGGAGAGCAAACGAAACCGAAAUUGUUCAACUCUCUGUCUGUUUGUAAAUUUUCGAAGACGCCGCAAUUUUUGAAGAAAUGUAAAACCGACGACAAGAGUCAAAGGCCGAAGUGUAAGACAACGGGUAAGAGCGAUAGCUCCGAUAAGUGUGCGAGACCAUCUGCGAAGUGUAAAUUAACGGGGAAGAGCGAAAGCACCGACAAAUGUCAGAGGCCAUCAUCGAAGUGUAAGUUAACGGGCAAGAGUGACGCAAAGAAGGAGGAUCCCUGCAAAAAGGUGAGGGAGACAAGCGACGCGAAGAAGGAGGAUAUUUGCAAGAAGCUGAAGGCAGCGCGCGACGCAGGGCGGAAGGAAGAUCCCUGCAAGAAAGCGAGGGCCACUUCUGAGACAAAGAAGAAAGAAGAUCCUUGUAAAAAAGCAAGGCCGACUUGUGAAAUAAAAUCCAAAAUAACGACGGAUCCCUGUAAGAAGGUGAGGCCCAGUUCUGGCACAAAGAAGGAAGAUCCCUGCAAGAAGACGAGGCCUAGUUGCGGCACCAAGAAGGAAGAUCCCUGUAAAAAAGUGAGCAAGUCAAGCUCUACUACUAGUACGAAGGGCGGUCCUUGCAAAACUUCAGACAAGUUAAAUUGUAGUUCAACGAAGAAAGAGGACUCCUCUGGCAAGGGUAAAAACAAAUUGGAAGACUCCUGCUCCAAGAAGAGACAGCAAAUGUGCCAAGAGCGGAAGAAGCAAUCGCACUCGGAAGAAGAGUCCGCGGCAGAUAGAGCGGAAAGAGAACGCAAGGAGAUGGAGGAGUGCAAGAAGAAAUUCAAGGACAAAAAGGGCGAGAAGAAGGUUAUGACCGGUUUAGAGCGUGUCAUCAGUCCCUGCAAACAACAGCAGGCAAAGGACAAGGACUCGAGUUCCUCGAAGUUCGCGUUAAUCGAUUUUCCCUUCAGUGGCUUUAUGAAUAUGUCGACGGCAUCUACGAAGCAGGAUAAAUUACCAAAUAUUUCUUCGGAUCGAUUGUAUUCUACCGUGAGGAGGAGCGAUUCCGACGAAUUCGACAAGGAGAAAUUACCUCCCGAACCAGAAAGGAAUUUUUGGAGUUUCAAUGACGAUGCUUUCGAAGAAUUACCGGUACAUAUAGAAGUAGAGGAUCAGGAUGAAACAAUGCGUGAUAACUUUUCCUCUGGUUCAAACUGGUUUCUUUCGUGGUUCAACGCCUGCCAAUAUUAA